UAAACUCAGGCACCCCUGACUCUAUCGUUAUGAUAUUUUCGUCUUAAUGGUUCUUGAAUUACUUUUUCGGUUCUUUCAAAAUUUUUUUAGGUCAGUGAAGUACACUAUAAUGGGGGAUUCCGCAAUUGUAAAAUCGGAUUCAUUUAGCCAUGUUAUCAUACCACCAAUACCCAAACUUGCCGACAUGCAUAUGUACUGGGUGUGGAGAAUGUUGAUUAAAUCAUACCUGGCUGCUAUAGGUCUUUGGGCUGGAAAUCAUCCAAAGGAGAGCGCCCACACAAAGUUUGUGUUGCUGAGCACGUUGGAAAUAUGGAUUGUAAGAAGGGAGUACGAUGACAUGACCAGCAAGUCCAUUUUCGAAGAUCUCGAGCAACGAUAUGGUAGCAAUAAUAGUCGACGACAGUCAGAGAAUAGCUUCAUUUAAAAUCAAUGGAAAGUGUUUCUAUUGUUUUCGCUGUACAAUUUUAAGGUGCUUCCUGGAGGAAAUAUUUAAAACACAUCCGUAUGCUUCCUAAAAAUACUAAUGUUGUGUAAUAUAUGCAUAUGUUUGGUGCAAAUUGUUGAUCUUCCACAAAAUUUAUUCAUGGAUAAAAUUAUUUAAACCACAGAACAA